GAGAGAGAGCACCAGCCCAGCGAGGACAAACUUGCAAGAAGCAGAGCAUGCAGAAAAAGCUCCGCAAGACAACAGUGCAGCCGCUCGGCGGGGUUUGAAGCUACAGAGGCAGCAGAGCUUGUUGCGGAUUACAAUGAUUGCCACAACUCAACAAAACAUGACCACUGAGCUGGACCUGGGGAGUUCAGAUGGUCCCCCACGGAACUGGAAGGGCAUAGGGAUUGCCAUGGUGGUGAUCCUGGCUGUUAUGUCUCUGGUCAUUCUCUCCGUCAUCCUCCUCACGCCUGAUGAAUCUCACUUGUUACUCCGUUCCCAUCUCACCAUGGAGGAUUUGGAGAGUGAUGAGUUCAAAGUUCAUGACCCCUGUGUGGCAUGGUUGAACGAAAACGAAGUGGCUCUCCGCACCAGAGAGGGACACGUCCUGUCGUUCAGCCUCAACAGCAAUCUCACCUCGACUCUGGUGGACAACACCUCCCUGGACCUGACCACCACUAAAUUCCAAGUGUCUGCAGACAAGAGGUUUGUCCUCUUGGCGUAUAACAUUCGACCGGUGUUCUCUCAGUCCUUCACAGCCUCCUAUGCUAUCUACAAUGUGGCUAAUGGGGAGCUGCUGGAGCUUAACCCUCUGGAGAGGGAGAAGGCAGCGCUACAGUAUGCUUCCUGGGGGCCUCAGGGGAGCCAGCUGGCCUAUGUGUUUGACGGAGAUAUCUACUACAAGCCGAGUGUGACCAGCAAAGCCCUGCGUCUCACAACCACCGACCUGGAGCAGACUGUGGUGAACGGGCUCUCUGACUGGACUUAUGAAGAGGAAGUGCUCUUGACAUAUGUGGCUCACUGGUGGUCUGUGGACGGGGCCCGGCUGGCAUACCUAACCAUCAACAACUCUAACACACCUGUGAUGGAAAUACCUCACUUCUUGGGUGGCCUCUAUCCCUCCAACGUCCUUUUCCCCUACCCCAAGGCUGGCUCAAGUAUUCCAUCAGUCAGUCUGUUCGUGGUGAAUCUUUAUGGUCCAGCUCACACUCUGGAGAUGAUGCCUCCUGACUCCCUCAGGGCCAGAGACAGCUACAUCUCCAUGGUGACUUGGAUCAGCAGCACACGCCUCGCGGUUCGUUGGCUAAAUCGAGCCCAGAACCAAUCAGUGCUCUGUGUGUGAGAGGCCACCACAGGGGCCUGCUCGGAGAAGCACAAAAUGGCCAUGGACAUAAUGCAAAACCAACGACAGGAUGUGCCGCUGUUUUCAGCAGACAGCUCUGUGUUCUAUACAGUCCUGCCAGCGAAACAGGGCGCUCGUGGAGAGUUCCACCACAUCGCCGGCCUCUCAGCCCAGCCUGCCAUCCCCUCCGUCCCCCCUCGCUUCCUGACAUCGGGGAGCUGGGACGUCACCGUGCUCUGCGCCCUCGACGAGAAGGCUGGAAAAAUCUAUUUCCUGAGCACAGAGGAAUCCAGACAAAGCAGACACCUUUACAGUGUGGACCUGGAUGGAGUGUUUCAGCGCCGCUGCAUCUCCUGUAACCUCAUAGAUGGAUGUCGCUUCUUUAGAGCUGAAUUCAGCCCCAAUCAAACCCACUUCACCCUCUACUGUCUAGGCCCAGGAAUCCCUAAAGUGACGGUUCACAGUACAAAGGACCCCUCCAGAUACGUCGUAUUGGAGGAUAACAGCCCUCUGUCUAGAGCUCUGGAAGACAAGAGGCUCCCUGAGACUCUGUUCAGGACACUCCCAGCAGAAAACCAUGACCUACACCUGAAAUUAUCUCUACCUCAGGGUUACGAGGCCAACCUGCACCCUCUCCUCAUCAUUGUGGAUGGUGUGCCCGGCAGUCAGUCAGUGACAGAGGAAUUCGCCCUCGACUGGCCUCAGGUCCUCUCCGGCACACACAAUGUGGCCUUGGCCUGGGUGGACGGCAGGAGUGGGGUCGGACGUGGACAGAAGACCACCGCUGUGGAUUCACGCAAGCUUGGCUCAAUCAGAGUCAAAGAUUAUCUGGGAGUUGUAGAGUUGUUGAUGCAACUACCAUACAUUGAUGAUCGCCGGAUGGUCCUCUACGGCAAGGCAUUUGGAGGUUAUUUAACUCUCAAGAUGUUAGCUGCAACAGAUAAGCUGUUUCAGUGCACGGCUGCCGUGGCACCAAUAACUGACUUCAGGCUUUAUAGUGCUGCAUUCUCAGAAAGGUAUCUAGGCCUUCCAGCAAAGGAGGAGCACGCUUACUCGACUGCCUCUUUGCUUGAGGAGGUUAACAAGCUGAAAGAUGAGAACUUCCUUAUUCUACAUGGAACCGCAGAUGCGAGAGUACACUUCCAGCACAGCGCUGAGCUCCUGAGCCGACUAGUGAAGGUUGAGGCCAACUACUCGCUGCAGCUGUACCCAGACGAGGGCCACGUCCUGAGAGAGCCGCGCAGCAUCCAGCACUUCCAGCGGACAGUGGUGAACUACCUCCAGACCUGCUUGAAGCACAGCAUCCUCAUAGAGCCUGUAGAGGAUGACGAGGAAGAAGACGACUGAGCUCAGAGCCCCUUCCAUCCUUCUGGAGGGACUAUCUUUGGACUGUAUGCCAUCUUAUGCAUUACUUUGGGUCGGAUUACCAGGCACAAGAGCACAGGAGUGGGGACCAAACACAUCAGAUCACCUCCUGCAACUUCUGGAAAAAUUGAUGUACUGUAUACCUUGUUGCACACGAUUAUUUCUGCUGUUAUACUGUAUAUUUAAGGCCCUGUUUGUUUACAAAAUCCACUUGAGAUGACGUGGACUAGAAGGCUACUGAUUCUGCCAAAGGUUUACAAAGAUUUUAAAAACAUGCAUGUCGUAAUGGCUGCAUGAUGUGGAUUAGUUUACAUUGCAUUCUCUGUGUUUUGCAGAUCUAAAUCUGGCCCAUCAGGGUUAAAAGUGCAAAAUCUGCCAACAGCCGGGAACCCACUGGAAGACUUAAAAACUCCCUAGGGACUGUUCUUUAUUUAUCAGAGGGGGAGGGUGGCUGGGGUGUGGCUUUGGUUUGUUUUUGAUCAAAUUUUAAAUAAGACACGUAGAAAAAAGUGAUUUUUAAGAUGGAAGCCUUUGGGCUCAUUUAUGCUCACUGUAUGCUCAGCCUUCUGUCCGUACUCUGCUUUCAUUUCGUCCAUAUUUGUGCACAAUUGCUUAAAGCUUACGGAUAUGGAUGAAACUGAGCUGUACUAUUGAAGACCGUGGGGACAGUGUAGUGUCGUUCAAGCGAAAUAUGACCAUAGGAGACCAUGGAUAUCUUUAAAAAAAAAAAGACAGAACAAAAUGAAUUGGUAAUACAGUGAAAAAAAUUCUCCGUCCACAUGUCGCAAUGUAUUUAAUGGCCUCACAGACCACCGCCAUCUACGCCUCAGCCUCUGUUAGAAGCUACAUUAUCACCAUUGUCUCGUUUGUUAUUGUGAGAAACUUGUGACUCCGCCCUCUUGUUUCAUCUAUUGGCUAUAUUUAUGCCAACACAAGGAUGCAUGGACAUAUGAGGGCAGGGAAGUUUACAACAUUUAAAAUGAGUGUAUCUAUUUUCGUACAUAAAGGGAGCAUAAAUGAGCCAUUAGUCCCACAUGAUGUGUUCGUGGACCAUCAGAAUUUGAAAUCCAGUCAUAAUUUCUGUUUUUUUUUUUUGUUUGUUUGCUUUGAUUCUCUUUUUAUUUAGUCAUUUCAGGGACCAGUCAGAAAGCAGAAAAUAACAUAAAAGUGUGGUUCAAUAUGUAAUACGGAGGCCAACAUGGACUGAUAAAGUAAAUAUAAAUAUAGGUAUGAUCAUUUAUGUUUAUACAGUUUGUGGCUAUGAUAAAACUUAAUCCCUCCCCAGCGCUUAAAACAUUAUUUGACACGCCUCCCCCAUUUUGCAACCCCCUCCUCCCUCAGAAAAAAGAGCAGUCCCUUAACGAUACGACUAUGACACAUUUAACAACUGCAUAAAAUGCUUGAAAUUUUCCAUACAGAUUUCUGAAUAAACCAGCACAGACCACAGGAUCUCUUUCAGCUUUAUGCAGAUUCCAGUCAUACAAAAUUAAACAACUGAUAAAAGACAUCUGAAUUCUAAUCUCCAAGACUUUAAAACUGGCCCUACUGCUCGCUGUUCUGGGCAGACUCCCCACCGUCUUUAAGAUGUCGUAAAAUCAGAGUCAUUUUGGGUCUUUUCCUCAGUGUGUUCCCGGCUCAAAUAAAGUUAAAUGGAGCAUAUGGAUCAUUCUAAAUGUGCCAAAUACAUUUUGUGGACUUUGUGGACCACUGGUUUUAUUAGCAUUACUUGCAUUAUGUGAUUAAGAAUGAGUAUGCAACUGUGACUAUUUACAACACAAGCUACGAAUCAAGGAUCAUCACAAGAACGUCUACAUAGAUCUGUCUAUUUACUGUAUUUGGAAGACCAGUAUGUUUCUGUUUUGGUAAAUCUCGGCAUUUCUUGUGUAUUGCAGAAUUAAAUUAUUUCUUUGGACAAACUGUUGAGCCAUUGCAUUCCAGUCCGCAUAGGUAGGUGGGUUUGACCAUCAAACUGUCAGCCAAACCAUACUGGUAAACUGCAUGCAGUUGGUUUAGAAACGAAUGCCCUUGACUCUAGACGACCGGCUACUCCUUUUUUCCAACAAUUCUUGACAAUAAAGUUUGAACUUCUUGUUUUA